AUGAGCUUAGUGAGCGAUACGGAUUAUCAUUUACAAUUACUAAGAUUAGCAUUCAUACGCCAUGUAUCUCCAUCUACACCACUUAAAUUAGCGAAAUCAUCGACAAAUCCAUACUUGAACGUAGCAGGAUUGACAGAUGUAGAGAGAUGGCCAGAGAUGGAGCAUAUUCCAGCGUCACCAACGUUAAAUAAUGCUUACACACUCACUCAAGCUUCAAAAUCAUCUGAUCUCAUCAAACCUGACGACGUACCGGCAACGCGAGGAUCCAGUUUACAAUAUACCCAGACUAUCGUUGGACCUGGUCGUUCUUUAGCUUUGAGUAUGCGUACAAACGCUAGAUUAUCGCAGGAUGUCGCUGGUAGGCGCCGUGCUCCAGUUGAGCAACGUCAACGAUAUUUGAAACCUGGAAAAAGCGAUGUAGAUUCCAGUCAUGAUGAGCCACCACCUGUUAUCGUACAUGGUGAGGAUAAUGAGGAGUCUGACACCGACAAUAUCCAAACAAUACAAUCGGAUGAGGAUGAGGACGAUUACGUAGUUGAUUAUGAUUCUCAAUUAGUUAGAAAUGGUACUUCACCAUCAUCCGCUUCAUACAAUGUCACAUCGCAAGUACCGAAUAACAAUUCAUUGUUGACCAACGUCAAUUCACAAACACUUUCAAGUGCAGAUAUACCAUUGCAAACUAGAAAUACCCAUACUUACUUAGAGACCAGGCCUAGAGGAACUAGUACCUCUACAGCUGAUGCAGAUGAUGAGGAUGACUUCAGGCAACAACAAAUUCCACGUAUUGCAUCCAAAAUACCAGAUGAACAGACAAGUAUUGGCAAAUUCAGCAAGACGACCACAAAUAGUCCGCCAAUUUCAGUUGCACAACCACCACAUAGUCCUCUAGCAUUGGCAGUCCACAACAAUACGUCAAGGUUGCUAGAUAGCAAAAGACCACUGACAAUGACCAGAGGUAACAGUCUAAGUGCUGUUGAGGAGUUGAAUCAGGAGACACAACAGCCCCAAGUGCAGUCAAAUGACUCGCGGCAAAGUCCCCAGAGUGCGGUUGCCAAUAGAUUUAGAUCUGCCUCAGUUUCUACUACCACUACCACUGCUCAUGCUAUCGACGAUCGUAAAGUCGAUCCGCGGAUAUUGCAAAAGAUAAACAAAGAAAAGGAUAAAGAUAAUGCCAAAGCCGAUUUACUGAAGAAGCGACCACUACAUCCACCUCAGCAAAGUACAGUCUCUGCUCUAAGUAAGCUCAUACAAACCAAAACAGAAGCCCAGAAAGCUUCUCAGAACGGAAGAGAAGUUAGCUAUAACCCAUUCAGAAGGCUUUAUGCUGCUAUGGACGCCUCUGAAAUUGGCUCCUCUGUGAAGUUGAGCUUGUACUUCCCCCACUCAAACAAACCAAGAGAACCAAUCCGUGUACAAAUACGCAAAGAUGCCACUUGUGAAGAGGUGAUUGGUUUUGGAUUGUACUUAUUUGUUGAACAACGAGAGAAAGAUAGCAAGGAAAUGCUAGGAAAUAACACCGAUGAUAUUAAAUGGACGCCCGAAGGUUGGAAUUUGAGAAUAGUUGAGGAAGAUGGUGAAGUCGACGAGGAUUUCCCUGCAUUGGAUAGGCUGAGACCGGUAUCAAAGUUCUCAUUUGACGAGCUUGCAAUAUGUGAAGCUACAGCAGCUCAAGUUCGUUCCAAUCAACUGGCGGUUUCUAAAGUGCAGCGCCGUCAAUCGCGGAUAACAGAGGAUCCAUUCACUGGCACGGUCAAUAGCAAUAACAGUAAUGGUUCUACUGGCAAUCCAUUACUUGCUCCAAGUAAUCCAACCAACGCAUCCUCAUCUUCCUUAGAAGGAGCCAUAGAGCAAAGCCAUCAGAUCAUAACACCAACUUUAUCAAGAAGCGCAACUGCUGGUGUCAGUAGCUCACUUGCUCCAAGUGUUUACUUGAGAAUAGAAGUACAUCCAACUGCCGAUGUCAGCUACACGACCACUGUUAGUGUACCGAGCGAUAUGUACUUACAGGACGUAUUGGAAAUGGUUUGUACGAAGAAGAACCUUAAGAAUCCGAAUAGCUGGGCGUUACUCGUCAAGUCUGCUGCUCUAGUUAUACCACUUGACAGAACAGUUGCUUCAUUAGAAGGUGUAUCAUCGUUGAUGCUCGUCAAGCGCUCUCAUAUUGACGCUGAUCUGCGUUUGGAUAGGCGUAUGGAGAUGGCUAGAAGUACUAAUCCAAAUGCAUCAAUCUUCAAGCGCUUGAGUAAGGAUCCAAGAAGUACGAUAGGUUCACGUCAAGGCACAAAUUCAGCGCUUGAUUAUACAUCAGCUUAUAGGAAGUACACAGUCAACAGACGUAUAUUGGGAUUGGUCGGUAAACAUGAGCGUGUCUUGGCUAUCGAUGGUGAUUGGAUACACUUGAUGCCUCCUGAACAGAAAGCUGCACUUAUUGAUUCAAGCACAAAAACACGUUCUUACCAUGCAGCCAACAUUAAAACGUGCAAACAGAUUAAGAAAGGUGAACAACAUUUCAGAAUUGAUUUCUGGCGUGGAGGUAAUCACGUUAAGCGAUACGAAUUUGAAGCAGAGAGUGUGAGAGAAGCUAAUGAAAUAAUCACCCAAGUAAAAAACUUGAUGGCUUUGUUCAAAAGUGAACGCAAUCAACUCGCUCGGAUAGCUUCGAAGAACGAAUAUUAUUAGAACACUCUCGAGUGAAAGUCUAAUUCAUGAUAUUUGUACAAGAUGCAUAGUUAAAUUAAAGAUUAGCUUGUGUACCACCUGAUAAAAAGGAAUGGAGAAGGAAUGUAAACUUCUAAUCGUUCUAAUAGAACUUUUUAGUCCAUGUCCAUGCUCAUUUUCUGACCAGAUCCACCUGCAGAAGCAAGAUUUGAACGUUUGGCAGGUACUUUGACCUUUUGUUUGACUGUUUGAGCGGAUGCAGCAGCUUUUGCGCUUGCUUUGAUACCAGGGAGAAGGUUGAUUGAUUUUGAGACCUCCUUCUUGUCUGCCAAUUUGCGUCUUUGUGAGUUUGCGGCCAUUCUGUUCUUCCAGAAAGCGACUUCACGACGUUUACGAAUUUCACCAACUCUGUUCAUAGCCUUGAGUGUAGCUGCUACUAAUUGUCUGUUGUAUCUGACUGGUACGUGUCUACGCUUCUCAAAUUCGAGAGUUGAAUC